CCAUGCGGAAAUAAACUUUCUAAUAAAAUGAAGGUGCUAUAAAGGCCAAAUCAGCUACACUCCAGUUUGCGAUCAGUUUAGAACCAAUGGGGGCAGGCGAUAACAGAGAGAACUCCGGCUGAGAAGAGCAUUACCCAGAAGAGAUUGUCUGAAAAUUCAGUAUUACAGGUCCGCCUAAAGAAAAAACAUGGACAUGAAUGAGAGUUUGGUCUUGGGCAGCCCCUGCACCAAACCCGAUGCUGGUUCCGUCGCCCUCGCCUCCGUGUUGUCGCUACUGAGCCUGGUAACGAUCGCCGGGAAUCUGCUCACUAUCACGGCGUUCGUGACCGACGCGUCGCUCCGGAAGAAACCAUCGAACCUCUUCAUUUUGAGUCUGUCCUGUGCGGACUUGCUGGUCGGUUUCGUCAUUCCGAUUGGGGUUGGUGAGUUGAUUUGCAGUUCCUGGCGAUUUGGUGAGAUUGGUUGCCAGUUGGACUCCUUCACGUCCAACAUUGGGAUCAUAGCCGGUAUGGGAUCGAUCACCAUGAUAGCUUUGGACCGCUACCUUCUAAUCUCACGGGAGUACCCCCGGUACUUAGCGCUCCAGUCCCGGCCCAACGUCCACCGGUCCAUCGCUGCGGUCUGGGUUGUAUCCGUUAGCAUCGGUCUCCUCGAGAUCAUCAUUUGGGAGGCGGUGGAUUUUUCGACGGGGUAUGAUUUCCUCGUUGAGUGCCGCUCCCCACCGAGGGACAAUAUUGUCAUACUCUGUAUUCUAUUUCUCGUCGUGGUCGGCCCAGUCAUUUGUGUUGCUGUGUUGAGCGUACGAUUCCUCGUUCUGCUCAGACGGCGUUUGCGUAGUUUUGCGACACCACCUUCAGCGAACGGUAGCGGACAGCCGGUGGGUCUGGUCGCUCCAUCGGACGGCAUGGAUCACCGCGAAGAGCUUGACAUGUCGACAAAGAGUGCUGCGGGGAACGCCCAACAGUCUUCCCCCACCAGUGAGACCGGCAAACGCAGGGCUCGAUACAUACGGCCAGCCAUCAUCAUGACGACGCUAGUAAUCGCUUUUUUCGCCUUCACCCUCCCCUACGUCAUUUUCAUCACGGUGGUCGCCCAACUGUGUCCAGAAUGUGGGGACAGUAACCGGGUCCAUUUUUAUUUGGUCAAUGUGUUUUAUCUCAACUCCUGCAUCAACCCGUUCAUUUAUGCCGCGACUCAUCCAAAAAUACGAAGGUUUCAUCUCAAACUUGUGUCAUGCCUAAAGUUCAAAUGAACAAUUUCUUAUUUGCCGCCAUCUUUGAUGA